AUGAGCGAGGCCUCGCAGUUGCGACAAAGGCGGCCAGCGGGCAAGGAUGAAGGAGGCGGAAUCAGUGUCGAGUACGAGCUGGAGGAGCUGGAGCUUGAGAGGAAGAGGAUUGAGCUCGAGCUUGAGUCUAUCCAGCUCAAGGAGAAGGAGAUGGCGUUGAAGCGCAGGAAAGCGGCGAAGGAGGCCACCGGAGGGUUCGACGUCUUGACGGAGACAGACAAGAAGCUUGCAGAGCAAGACCUGAAGGAACGACGAAAACUGCUGCAGCGUAUCAAGGACAUGCAAGACGACGGUACGAAGAAGACUCAAUACAAGCUGCUGCUCCUCGUUGUGCUCUUUCCACUCAUAAGUCUUGCGGUCAUCAUGCCGAUCUUCCGCUUCAUGUACGAAGAGAAGAUCCUGCCGAAUCCAUGUCAGGGGAUCUGCGAUCUGACUCCAGACUUGCUGGCCAAGAUGCCCAAGGGAUGUGUGCCUGAAAACCCGCAGCGAGUCUUCUUCAUGGACAUUCCCACGACUGGCGCAAAACUUUUCUCACCUCCUCUAAAUCUACUGAAGAAUGUCAAGGAGUGGGAGUUGGUCAAUCUCCGCUCUUGGAGGGAUGCUGUGUAUGCUGCCCCUGUGUACCUGAGCCCCGCGAGCCGGACGGCCUAUAACGAUGCUGAGUACGAGGUGAUCUACAGGAAGAACGUCGGGAACCUGAUCAACUCUCUGGUUCCCCAUCGCAGACUCUUCUUUGGAAGCACCUACGUCCACGAUGACAACAUAACGAGCAAGAGUAACCACAACGAGACUGUGCGGUACAUCACUUUAAUCAGAGAGCCUUUGGCUCGUCUGCAGGAGCAGUUUGAAGCUGACCGAGAGCACGAUCAGCAAAAAGGCAAGUCGAAGUUCGUCACGAACCUCAACUUCGAGGAGUGUUUGCAUGUUUCUGUUUGCAGGACCUCGCAUCAGUUCUCAAGGUGGUGCAAUCUGCAAACAAGAUACUUCUGUGGUUGGGGGAAAGAUUGUCUCUAUGACAAGAAUUUGAACGCAACAGAGGCUAUGUUGAAGAAAGCUCUCCACAACAUAGACACUUUGUUCCUUGCUGUUGGUAUCUUUGAGGACUUUGACUUAUCUCACAAGCUCUUGGAGACCUUGCUUCCAACAUACUUCCAAGGGUUGGGCGAAGAGUUGAAGAGCAGCGGAGGAGCAGGAAAGGCUCCCGAGCAACCGAAGCAUCUGAAGCAGGAGAUGAUGCGUUACUGCUGGGCGGACAUGGCCUUGUACGAGCACGUCAAGAAGAAGCUCGCGCAGCAGGCUAAAAGUUGCAAACUCACAAGAUGA